GCCCCGCCUACUUUGUUACUGGAACUACUUUUCAACUCCAGUCGUGAUAUAUCCCAAAUAGACCUAUAUACUUGUCAAAACACAAAUACUAGUAAUCAUCAAGCUGUCAACCAAGAACCAACCUGUUGAAGUAUAAGGAUCAAUCAUGAUGAUACCAAGGGGAGCUUAUCUCAUUGUGCUUGCCCUUGUAUUAAGGGUACAAGGAGACGUAUACCUUCAUAACCCUAGAGGUUCUAAUAACAGACUCAAUGAAAAUACAGCCAACAGACAGAAUGCUAACAGAGCAUUUGAUUCACAGAAUAACAACAGAGGAGGAUACAAUGUUGGUGAAACAAAUGCAAAUGGAAAUACACAAGAACAAAACCAGUAUAGAAUGCAAUACUUUGCGAGUGCAAACUAUGAGACAAUGGCGAAUGAUGCAGGGAAGAGUUUCUACACAUUAGAAUGGACCAAUCAGCAUGGAUGUGGUGGAUCAGAGGAUACAGAUCCACAUAAACUGAACUGUAAUAUCGUCAUCCAAUACAUGUGCCAACCAGAUGCAGAUACAGCACAGGGAGAUGAUGAUACAAUCAGGAAUGGAGAGAACACCAAUACUCAGAACCAUCAGCCAAGGAACAAUGAAAAUGAGAAUCAACAGCAAGCAGCAAACAGAAAGAACAACAAUGUUCAAGCCAACCGCUUCCUACAGGAGCAAUGGGAAGCGUAUGAUGGAUGCUACAUCAGAGAGAGAAAUGCUGGUUUGUUUACUGCUGACCAGAAACUGAAGAAUAACAAUCAAGGAUACAGCUCAGCUAUCUUCACUCGUCAGAACCCCAAUGGACAGAGGAGAGGAUAUGAGUGCCCAGAGGAGCGUGAUUAUUACCCUUACUGGCACCCUACCCAAUGGAGAGAUGCUGCCAUCUUGGUGGGAGAUGUAGCUCAAUGCGAAUACUACCAGGCUGAGAGCUUCAAUGUGAAGCAGGCCUAUGAGUGUGUAGAAUACUAUGACAACAACAACAACCAGCGCAAACAUGCAUCACGUUACAACAAUGAAGCUGAUUGUACUGCUAAUGAUGGAGAGUGGCUAGCAUUCACUAACUACUUAGAAAAGGCACCUACACUUGCUACUGAGCAAGCUUGUACACAAGCCACUGGUAAUGGAGUGGAGUAUGUCUGGGGUCGACCAUGGAAUGGAAACGAUGAAGAAUGUUUGGUUGCUUUGAAAGCACCUGAUUGUCAGCAAGCUCCAUGGACUAGAGUUAAUCAUAAUGGAAACACUAGGGGCGGUGAAGCUAGCCGUUAUACCAUGACUCUUCCAUUCUUCCCUUCACAAGAUACAAUGAGAUGUGCUAUGAGACUGAGAUACAAUAUUUCUACUGAUGAUUAUGAUCCAUGGAACACUACUUCUGCACAGAACCAAGACACUGCUAACAAUGUCCAGUCUCCGGUGCAGCAGAACCCAUAUGUAGACAUUGGAGCUGACCAUACAGCUCUACGUCUAGCUAUCAACACAGCACAGACAGGUAGAACCUUUCAGGAUAGAUCACAUGCUAUCAAGAUCAUGCCCCGUCCUCAGGCUGCAGAAGUACAAGCAGCCAAGAUCUACAACUUGAAUGUGAGAGGAAAGAGAGGCAAUAUUGUCCAGACAUACCCUGCAGUAGAGUAUGAUUUCAUGCCUAAUAGACUGGAGAUCACACCUGAAGAUAUGGUACACAUCCAAUGGACUGGUUCUAAUCGUCAUAACAACAAUGCCCCAGGCGGAGAUGGGCAGACAGGAGAUGCUGGUGAAGGCCAGGGAGGAACGGAUCGCAGUAACUUUGUACAGAUGAGCAACAGUUUGGAGAACUAUCCCACUCCGUUCAAUGAUGCUAACAACAUGUUUGCAGCCGCUAAAGUUCAUUGGAUCUACUUUGAUGAAACUCCUGACAUCACUCCUGAAGAUCUAGCUAUCAACAUGGCUAGCUCUGGUUAUUAUCGGUGUAAGAACCAGAAUGUGUGUGGUGCUGACUCAGUCCAGCAGAAGAACGAGAUGAACAAUCUUCUGAACAAUGCCCCACCCUCGUAUGAAGGAGCUCUCAUUCAAGUCCCUGCUGGAGAACACAAGUACAUGAGCACCCGUAAUAACAACUUCAGCAAUCGCUCUCAGAAGGGUAUGCUCAAGGUAGCUACCCCUACAGCCUAGUGCAUAGACUGACUCAAUCUCACUUCAGUUUGAAAAGGGUUGAUGUCUUAUUGAGCUGUGCUUAUUAAGUAUAUUUAGUCAUGUAUACAGCUCUAGGGUUUUAUUACAUGGGUGUAGGUUGCCUCUGAUUUAAGGAAGUUCAUCUUGUGGGUAAAUACUAUGUCACUUCAUAGAAGACUAUCAAGUACAUAAAAACACAUUAUGAGGAGAGAGCUAUUUAGUUCGAAAAACCUCAACAAGACCCAUGAAAAAUAAAAGAAUAUAGAAUUUCCUCUUAGAUUUCACAAGUAAGAUUUAGAAAGAGCUCAUUUGAACAAAAUAUCCAAUUCAGGAUCAAUAGUUCAUACAACGUCAUGUGUACAAAUUUAUGAAUGCUAUAAAUAUGUCUUUCAUUGAUAUAUCCAGUACUAUCUUUCAUUCUGGUAAUCUGUUAUACAUUGCAUUAUCAAAAGUAUUUGAAUUAGCAAGAUGUCUUUCUGACUUUUUCUGUAACUGAUUGAUGUUUUUUUAAGAAUACCUUUGUAAUCAAAGUCGAUUUAGGAAUAUAUAUUUCAUGAUAUUUUCUUAUAUCUUGCAUGUAAUAUUUGAGGAAAGUUCUAAAUAUGAAUCGUGAGAUAUUACCUACUAUCAUGACUAAGGCUACUUGAUUGAAGGAGUGUGUGAUUUAUGGAGUUAAGAUUGUAAGAUUCAUGUUAUUUGUAUGAGCUCUUCAAAUGAAUACCUAGAUUCCUAACAUUUCUUUAUCUGUUAAGGUUGUACAUACAUGUAUAUUAUUAAAUCAUAGUUUUAUAUAAUAUGAUAAGACUUUAAAGCCAUGCUAUUGUCUUUUUUUGCUCUUUGUCAUUUUUCUUGAAUCUGCAUACCUCCCAACGUUAACAUGUGUGUGAUUUAAUAAGGAGAUAGUGUAUCUCUGCGAUGUAUGGUGUAAGAGAUGGCAAUUUGCAUAUAAUGGGCUUUAAUAACGAAUUCAUGUGAAUUAUAUAUUUUAUACAAACAUGAUGCACAUUAGUUAUGUAUUUAUUGGAAGUGCACUUAUUACAUACAACUGUUGUUGUGUAUUUCAUCAACCUACUCAACAUUUUGCCUGUCAUUAUCAUGCAAUUAUAUUCUUAAGGUUUUCUUUCAAGAGUUCAAGAGCUUUGAAGCUGUUAUAAUCAGAAAAAUGUUGUCUUGAUUGUCCUAACAUUUUUUUCUUGAAUUUCUUUAUAUUUUGUCAUUAUGUGUGUCAUUUUGGCGAUUAUUAUAACAGAUUCAUAUAGAAAUACAAGCGUACUCCUGAUAAUGGAUUGUUUUCAUAGAUGAUUGAUUCCUGCCAUCUGUUGUAAUGAUCUCAAGAAAACCAAUCUCAGAUUAAAAAGUAAUUUGGUAAUUAUUCUCUAGCUGUGAUUCCCAAGGGAUGAUUCUUUGUUCUAUGACAUACAGGUUGAUUAAUGAUAUACACAAGUCUGCUGGCCCAGACACAAGAUUUAUCUAGCCUAGAAAUGGUGGUUAAUAAAUACAUUUCAGCAUUGCACAA